GACGUGGUGUUGCGGUGUUCUUCAACACUUAUUAUUCUACAUGUUGCAAAUAUUAUUAUUUUUUUAAAUUUAUUAAAAUUAUUCAUUUAUUACUUAAUUUAUAUUUAAAAAAUUAUAAUAUUUGGUAAACAAAAAAAAAAUAGUAAAAUAACAAUAAACUGUGUGCAGUUAUAUUAAUAAAAUUAAAAAAAAAAAAGUUAUUUAUAUUUUUAAAAUGUGAAAUAAAUCAAACAUUUAUAAUAUUUUUUUUUUAUAAUAUUUGAGAUAAAUAAAAAUUUAAACAAGUGAGCUAACAAAAAAAUUGAAUAUAUUUUAAACAAGUUGUAAAAUAUAAAUUUAUUUUUAAUAAAUAAUGUGCAAGUUAUUUGGGUGUAGUUAAAUUUAGUGUUACAACAAGUAUGGUAUACUGAAUAAAUAAAAAUAAAUAUACAAGUGAAUGGGUAUCAUUAAGAAUUGAAAUUAAACAGCUUCCACUUGGCAAGUGAUAAAAAUAAACGUUUGUGGUUUUGUUUUUUAUAAAUUUAUUUAUUUUUUUUUUUUCCAGAAUAUGUUUUGUAAAAAGUUUUUUUGUGGUUUUUCAUUAAAUUUUUAUUUUAUUUAUCAUUUGGGAUUUAUCUCGUUAGUGUGAAUGUAAAUUUAUAUAUAUAUAUAAAAUAUAAAAAGGUUUUAACUAUAAAAAAUAAUUAACGAAAAAAAAAAAAAAUAAUAAUAAAAGUUGGUGAAAUAAUUGAGACCAGCCGGACGAUAGGAUAGUCAAAGUUGGCUAAUAAUUGUCAAGUUUUUCAACGAUUUUUGUGUAUACUAACAUGAAAAUUAUGAAAUUUAUUUAAAAAAAAAUUUAAUUGUGCGUAGUUAUGUGUUUGUGAAUUAAUUAUUCAUAUUUUUUUUUUUUUUUUUAUUAUUAUGUUGAUAUCGGAAAAGGUGAAAAUUUAAGUGAAAUUUAAUGGAGUUGCAUCAUUGACGUGGGCACCACUACUAUUACUACCCUUGUCGUCAUCACUGCAACUCCUGAAAACAGCCUCAAGCUGUAUUUUGUAAAUUAUUCAAAGACGGAUAUCACGCUUCGAUGCUUUCACAUUGGUAACGAUCAAGGGUGGCGCCAAUUCUCAAGAGACCACACGUCUCAUUGAUCACAUAAGAGUGUUACAAAUCAACAUUGUUUAUUUAUUUUAAUAUAAAAAUAAAUAAAUAAUAUUUAAACACUUUUUUUGUUUUUAAUAAUCACGCAUUAUAAUUAACUUGAAAAAAAAAAAAAAUAUUUUAAAUAAAUUAAAAAAUGGUGAUUCAAUUAAUUUUCGAGUGUUUAAAAAAAAAAAAAAUACAUGUGUCUAGUGUGCCACAACAGUUACUGUGAUUUUUAAUAAAAUUAUAAAUUUUUUUUUUUUUCAUUAUUAUUAUUAUUAAAAUAAAAGUGUGUUGUUAUAAAGACGGAAAAUUAAUUUUUUAUAAAAGAGAAUGUGAAACACUUCAUUAACCACGUUGGAUUAUAAAUAGAGAAGAAAAUUUUUUUUUUUUUUAAAUAAAUAAAUAAAAAGUCUAACGAUCGUUUAAUAAAACAGCACGGAAAUGGCUCUAAGAUGGCAAGCAAGGCUGUCAAUUGCCGCUAUACUCUUUAUGUGCACCGAAGACACAUUGAGCCUUGGUGAUGACAAGCUUGAUCGACAUUCAAAUCAAAUGAAACCGAGACAACAAAUGAUAGAUCAUACAACUGGCUACAAAACGAAACUCGAUGCAACAUUUGAUGAUAAACAACCGACAAAUGUCACCGCCAUGGUUGGAAAAACAGCCUACUUAACAUGUCGAGUACGAAAUCUCGGCAAUAAAACGGUUUCUUGGGUACGCCUGAGGGAUAUUCACAUUCUCACAACUGGAGCUUACACAUACACAAGUGAUCAGCGGUUUCAAGCUUUGCAUAGACAAAAUACUGGUCAAAAUAGUGAAUGGUCUGAAUGGACACUUUGUAUAAAAUGGGCACAAGAACGUGAUCAGGGAAUAUAUGAUUGUCAAAUAUCAACAAUACCACUGAAAUCACAUCAAUUUUAUUUAAGUGUUGUUGUACCAACAGCGUCAAUACUUGGCGGUCCAGAAUUAUAUGUUGGUGCUGGAAGUACGAUAAAUUUAACGUGUUCAAUACAAUUUAGCUCGGAGCCACCGUCCUACAUAUUCUGGUAUUAUCAGGACGACACACUAAGCUAUGAUAGUUCUAGAGGCGGUAUAUCAGUGAUAACUGAAAAGGGUACAGAUGUGACAACUUCGUGGCUUCUCAUACAGUCAGCUCAGCCAUCUGACUCUGGAGAAUACAGUUGUAAGCCGAGUAAUGCCAACACUGCAUCAAUUCGAGUUCACGUUGUGAACGGCGAACGACCUGAAGCAAUGCAGACUGGAACUGCUGGACCGAUACUAUCGUCAAGUUGUUUGCUGGUGUCACUCAUCAUUUUGUACAUAUCUUCGGUGUAAACUUUUUACUCAUCUAUAACAUGAGAUACAUGAAUGUGAAAAUAAAAUAAAUAAAAUAAAUAAAACACUGAAAGAAUAUUUAUAAUAAAAAAAAAAAAGUAUAUUAUUAGAAAAUAAAAUAAAAUAAAGAGAGAAAAAGAGAGAGAGAGAAUUCAUGAAUGAUAAUGUUUAGAUAAAAAUUAUUGGUCGUUGAUGUUUGAUACCAUUGAUUGUGAUCAAGUAUAUUAAUGAAAUAAAUAUACAGAUAAGAAUAAAAAAUGAAAACAAUGAAAAUGAAAAAAAAAAUAGGAUAGGAAGUAUCGAGGAUAUCCGCUUACUGUCCAUCUAGAUAUCUAGACUUGAUGAAGAACAAGAAGAAAACCAAGAAGAAUCAGUGUGGCGCCACCGCAAAGACUCGUUUAAUCGAUCCAAAUAAGCCAACGGCAUAUCACCUCUUUGCCAUGAAAGAAUAAAAUAAAAUAAACCAAGUAACAACGGAAACCAAGCAUAAUAAAAAAAAAAUCAACUAAAAAAGUUGGUGAAAGAAAAACAUGAUGAUAAAUAUAUGUAUUUUUGAAGAAAAAGAAAUUGAAAGUGAGUAAAAGAAACAUGGAAAAUUUCGAAAGAGGCAAAAUGGAUACAAGAAGAAGGUUUUCCAUUAAUCCUGAUAACCCCAACAGCCAUGACUGAAGGGUUGAACCCUUCGUGAAUUGGUAAAAUAAAUAUUAUCCAACAAAAAACGUGUGUUCUUAGUGCAAAAAAGAAGAAAAAAAAAACACCAAACCAGUUUAAGUUACGUGGGGACAUGA